AUGAAGAAAAAGGAGCUUGCAAAAAGGUCCUUGAAGAGGGAUGAUGCUACCCAAGAUCUUAACAGAGCUAUGGAGAUUGGGGAUGAGGAUGCAAUUGAAAAAUUUAGUAAAAGAACUGUCAAGGUUACAAGAAAACACAAUGAUGACUGCAAGAGGCUGUUAAGAUUGAUGGGCGUCCCUGUGGUUGAGAUCAGCUACUGCCGUUUAUUGAUGUCUUCUUCCAGUGCCAAGGGGGCAAUGCAAGCAUGGUACCUGGUCUUUGUGAUCUCGUACUGUUAUAGAAUCAUAGGUAAUAAGGCACCAGGGGAGGCUGAAGCACAGUGUGCAGCACUUUGUGAAAAUCACCAGGUUUAUGCUGUAGCUUCAGAGGACAUGGACUCACUGACUUUUGGUGCCCGAAGGUUUCUUCGUCACUUAAUUGACCUUGGUUAUAAAAAAUCUCAUGUGACAGAAUUUGAUGUGUCAAAGGUUUUGGAAGAACUUGGACUCACGAUGGAUCAGUUCAUUGUCUUAGCAUUGUUGUUUAGCUGUUAA